AAAUGUUCAAGAAAAGCAGUGUUUUGGUUGGAUCUCAACAAUAUAGAAUCCUCAGGAGGGGGUGUGCCCAGUAUGGCUUUGUUCCAAAGCACAGCCCAUGUCAGGAUUGGGCACUGGCCCAGAUGCAAGAGUUUAUCAACAGUACUAAGAAGUUGUUUGUGCUGACUGGAGCAGGCAUCUCGACAGAGAGUGGCAUUCCAGACUACCGCUCAGAAAGAGUAGGUUUAUAUGCAACUAGCACCAAAAGACCUGUGCAGAUUAAGCACUUCAUGGAAUCAUCUAAAGCUCGGCAGAGCUACUGGGCAAGAAAUUACAUGGGAUGGCCACGAUUCUCAUCCUUUAAACCAAAUAUAUCACACACAACUCUAGCUGAGUGGGAGAGGAGAGGAAAAAUUCACUGUAUUGUAACCCAGAAUGUUGAUCGAUUACAUCACAAGGCAGGAAGUUGCAAGGACAGAGGUCAUAUAACUGAUGCAAGAGCUGCAGCAUGUGUCCACGCCCAGCUGUAG